UUGCACAUAGCCCUUUGUUGCUCCAGUGAGUGGAAGAUUUCCAUCGGCCAAAAUCUCUGCCUUCAACUUGAGUUUGCACAGGUGAUCCCGCAGCCUCCUCCCCCGCCGGUAACCAUCUCCAUGGCGAUAUUCUAUGCGGUGAUUGUUACUCAGCUGCUUUGGUCACGCCCUCCUCUCCUCCCUCUAUAGUGCUGAACUCCUUACAAAUAAACUGGCCGGCGAAAAGCGUCUAAACCUCUUACAGAUGUAACAGAGCCGCGGGCGGCAUAUCGGAAGGGAUUUUUCAAAGACGGAAUUGAGUCUCCCGGUCUUCACCCACCGUUUCCAUCACUGCAGUCAAGGAAGAGCCUCCCUGUAGGCGACCCAAGCUCAGAGCACCGCCUUGGAUUGUUUUUCUCAGAGAUCGGGGACGCAACUGCUGAGGAAAAACGAUGGGAUGCUUUGGAUUCCUCAAGUUUAUGAUGUUUGCUUUCAAUGGCAUUAUCUUUUUGGCGGGCGCGGCCAUCCUGGGAGUUGGCAUCUGGGCGAAGGCGGACAGCGGCUCCAUCCUGGGCUUCCUCGGGACGAUCGAAGGCGCCCCCGCCGAGCUCAGUCGGGUGCUCAACGUGGGCUACCUGCUGAUCGCCGCGGGGGCGCUGCUCGUCGUCAUCGGCUUUCUCGGCUGCUGGGGGGCCGUCAGAGAGAGCAAGUGCGCGCUGCUGCUGUUCUUCAUCAUAAUCCUGCUGGUCUUCCUAGCGGAGGUCGCAGGAGCUGUGGUGGUCCUGGUCUUUCGACCUUUGGCCGAAGACGUAUUUCGAAAGUUCGGCACAGCGGCAGUCGGGAGCAUCAAGAAGGACUAUGGGAAGAAUUCGGACAUCACCGGACUGUGGGAUACCGCCAUGAGCGCCUUCGAAUGUUGUGGAAUCGCCAACUCCUCGGACUUCGUGGACUCUCCAUAUUACGUGGCCAACGACAAUCAGUAUCCGCCUCUGUGCUGUCCACAUGCUAACAAUCAGCCCUGUAAUCAAACGGUGAUUGACGAUUUCACGGCGAUCCCGGGUUGCUUCGUGAAGAUCACGCAACUGAUUGAUGACAACACGCUGGCGAUCGUUGCUGCGGCACUGGGAAUCGCAGUACUCGAGUUAUGUGCCAUGACGGUCUCCGUGAUCCUUUACUGCAAGAUCGAUUCAAAGUCAACCUGACGGCAAAAGUCGACAACUCCGGAAGCACCGUUUGAAUCGCCGGACGAGUUCUACUCACCGUACCGCCACUUAAAACACACUGCUCAUAUUUCGAUUGAAAUGUCGCAGCCGCUCGAGCGGCAUGACAGGAUUGCGUAACAAACCCAUUUUUAACAUAGCAAAGAGGAAUCGGUGAAUGUGAACAUAACAUUUAUCAAUGAUUUAAUGUGACAGAGUACUUCACAGCAUUUGACACACAAAUUGUGAUUGUCAUAAUGAAAUAGAGCUUACCAUUUCUGUGACGAUAUAUAGCAAUAUCAAUGCAAAAGGAUCGUGUUGUAAUCUACGUGAUCCAUUUUGAAAUAAAAUGACCACAUUUGUCGA